ACGCAGCCUCUGUGUCACAGCGCAUCGCGCGCCAGAGGCGGAGAGUGCCGGCUGUCACGCGCUUGCGCUCGCUCUCGGCUCAGCACAGUGAGAGAGACGCGCGCGGGAAGACUCGCUGCAGCAGCUCGCGCUCCCUUUCCCUUCACACCGGCCUUCAGCAGCCAAGCGGCCGCCAUGACUUCCCGGAGGUGGUUCCACCCCAACAUCACUGGCAUCGAGGCAGAGCAGCUCCUCUUGUCACGAGGUGUCCACGGCAGCUUCCUGGCUCGACCGAGCAAAAGCAACCCAGGAGACUUCACACUGUCUGUCAGGCGGAACAAUGAAGUCACUCACAUUAAGAUCCAGAAUUCUGGAGAUUACUAUGACCUGUAUGGAGGGGAGAAGUUCGCCACUCUGGCCGAGUUGGUGCAGUACUACAUGGAGCAGCACGACCUUCUGCGAGAAAGGAACGGAGACGUUAUCGAGCUCAAAUAUCCUCUCAACUGCAAAGACCCCACUUCUGAGAGGUGGUAUCAUGGACAUCUAUCAGGCAGAGACGCAGAAAAGCUCCUCACGGAGAAAGGCAAGCCAGGUAGCUUUCUGGUGAGGGAGAGUCAGAGCAAACCUGGAGACUUUGUGCUGUCUGUUCUCACUAACGAGGAAAAACAUGAAAAUGUGGACCGCAAGACAAAGGUCACCCACGUCAUGAUACGCUACCAGGAUGUGAAGUAUGACGUGGGUGGAGGGGAGAGGUUUGACACACUAACAGACUUGGUGGAGCACUAUAAAAAGAACCCAAUGGUGGAGAAGAGUGGGAUUGUAGUGCACCUUAAGCAGCCGUUCAAUGCCACUCGGAUAAACGCAGCCAACAUUGAGAACCGGGUGCGAGAGUUAAACAAAGUGGCAGACAAUUCUGAGAAACCCAAGCAAGGCUUCUGGGAAGAAUUUGAGAUGCUACAGCAGCAGGAAUGUAAACUCCUGUACCCCAGAAAAGAAGGCCAGAGAGCUGAGAAUAAGAGCAAAAACAGAUACAAGAACAUUCUGCCCUUUGACACCACCCGAGUGACGAUCAGGGAAGCAGAUCCCGACGUGCCCGGCUCUGACUACAUUAAUGCCAACUAUAUCAGAAGUGUGCAGGAAGAGGGCCGUCAUGUGGACGAAGGCAAAGUGUUCAUUGCUACUCAGGGCUGCCUUCAGAACACAGUUCUGGACUUCUGGAAAAUGGUGUAUCAGGAAAACACUCACGUUAUUGUCAUGACGACCAAGGAGAUGGAGCGAGGCAGGAAUAAAUGUGUACACUACUGGCCAGACACAGGCACAACAAAAGAGUUUGGGAAUGUGUGUGUGAGGAACAUAGAGGAGAAGGCUGCUCAGGACUACAUCCUCAGAGAGCUGGAGGUCACACGUACAGACCUGAAGGAGGCUUCCCGGUAUAUCUGGCACUAUCAGUACCUGAGCUGGCCUGACCACGGCGUGCCCAAUGAACCAGGAGGAGUUCUCAACUUUCUUGAACAGGUCAACCGAACUCAGAACGCCAUUCCAAAUACCGGACCUGUCAUAGUCCACUGCAGCGCAGGGAUCGGAAGAACAGGCACAAUAAUUGUGAUAGACAUCCUUAUUGAUAUCAUAAAUAGACAAGGGCUGGACUGUGACAUUGACAUCCCAAAGACCAUCCAGCGAGUGCGUCAGCAGCGAUCCGGCAUGGUCCAGACUGAAGCCCAGUAUAAGUUCAUCUACAUGGCCGUACAGCAGUAUAUCGACACAGCACAGAAGAGACUGGAGGAGGAGCAGAGGAAUAAAACAAAGGAAAGAGAGUACUCCAAUAUCAAGUACCCUCAAAUGACAAAUACUAGGCCCAUGCCCAACAUGAGCUCCUCUCGCUCAUCAUCUGUAAUGAAUGAUGAAACAUCCAGUGUAUACGAGAACAUACACAUCAAAAACCCAAAGAGCACCGUCUGCACAAACUCCAGGAGAUAGGGCUUGGGGCUGCUGCCUCACACUCUCUCUGUUAGAGGUGCUAUGUGCAGGCACUUGGCUGUGAGGUGACUGUGGAGCUUGUCGCUGAGUGGACGCCCGUGUGUUGGAGGUGUGAUUGGUGGACCCGGAGAGCUCCAUAGCCCCUUCACUCCUCCCUCACUGACUGACUCGCUGUCUAAGUGCCUGAUCCGCCGCAAACAGCCAGAGCAGAGCCGCCUCGGUGCUUCUCCCUCCAGUCUGAUAAGCCGGCACAGUUCUACCUACCUAGCACUCAGCUACUCAAUCACUUCUAAAAGGACGAAGACUGUUAAACAGGACUAAUUCCAGGUUUCUCCAGGCUUUGUCCUGUCCAAACUCUGUAUGCCUGCUGCCAGACCUUGUGCUGUCCUAAAGACGUCUGUUGCAUUUCACUAAUAGUUAGUGCUUUGCUGUGAGAUGGACACAGUGAAGCAAUCCGAAAUGUCUAUGGCAGAAAUUCUUACCGAGCUUGCACGCAAAAAAUAAAUAAAUAAAUAAAAUAAAAUAAAAUAAAAACAUACCCAGCUAGAAUUGCAACACGUUCCAGCUCUCAAGCUACAUUGAAUGCAGAGAUGUUACUAAUGUUAUUGUUAGCUAACAGCAAAAACGGGUGACUUUUUAAAUGGUACGUGCUGUCGAUAGAUUUAUAUGUGCCAAUAAGCAGGCUGCAUUUUAUGCUUUGGUAAAAGUGUCUGCUGUGAUGCUUUGCGAAGCUUCAUCCUGUACUGAUUAUAUAUGAGGUCACUUGUUAGUUAUUAAUGAGCUCAUAGACCAAUCAGCUUCUCUGUUUGAGCUUUUUCUCAGCAGGCAUGACUUCAGAAGUUUUUUAUAUCUGGUUUUAGAAAGCUUUGGCCGUUCAACAGUAACACUGAUUAUUUCUCCUACAGCAUAUCCAUUAUUGAUUCCUUAUGACACAUUUUCUCUUUGUUGUGAAUGAUAUUUUUUGACAGAUAUUGAAUCGUUGAACAGAGUUGAUUAAAAGCGUCAUUUGAUUGUUAUUCCACAUUCUCAGAGGAAGACCCUAAAACUUUUUUGAUUGAUAUUCAGGGUUUGUGUAUUAUAAAUAUGGUGAUAAAUAGGCAUUCAGGGAUUGUGGUAUGUUCAGGGAUUGCACUCUACGUUUCAUCAGCGGCAGGUCAAGGUGUGACUGGAGAGGUGUGUGAGUUAUGACGGGUUUAUGAAAGUCAUGGUGUUCAGGCAGAGAGGAGAGGUUGGCAUGCUGGUCAGGUCACUGAUGUGAACAGUCUUCAGCGCAGAUUUAAGCAGUCCAGAUGGCCCGAGACUAAGAAUACAGAAUAGGUUUGCCUGUGAAAAAGCAAUUUGUAAAAUGUCGGUAAUCCACAUGGGAUGAUUGGAAGAAACCAGCAUGACUUGAUGUCAAAAGGAGUGUGAUCUUAUAGGAGUUGCAUGCUGGCAUGAGGAGGAUUAGACACAUGCGUCAGAUUCUGAAUGCUUAAAAUAACUCAGGUUAUGAUGGGUCAGAUUAAUCGCCGUCCACGAAAGUGGUUUUAGCGAAGACUACAUGAGGAGGAAGGUGAUGUGAUGAGUGGAAGAACUGAGAUUGUGUUUUAAUUUUGAUCCAACCCAGCUGUGGUUCAAAUUAUAUAGUGCCCUCAAGAAUUAUAGGCACCCUUCAUAUAAAAGUGAUUGUAUAAAAUAAACAUUACACUGAAUUUUCCAGUCAAACAAUAGGAGAUACUAUUUCUCUUUGUUCUAACAAAAAAUUUUCAUUAGAACUCCUUCGUAAAAAAUAAUAGCACUUUCUGUCAAACGUUUGCCUUCAGUCCCCAUGAACUUAACAAUGUCCUGUUUCCCUGGGUUGAGGUUGAUAUGAGGUUGCACACAUGUAAAUUUCCCUUCAUGGGAAAAGCCAUAGAAUUUUCACAAAAGAGACUUAUGGUUGUUGUCCUGCAACAAUCAGGUAAUAAAUAUUAAAAAAUACCUAAGCAGUUAUUAAUACAAUUAAGCACAAUUAGGGCCAAAACAUAAAGUUUCUGAAAAAGUUGGAAAUUUGCCAGGAAUUUGACCCGCUGUCCCACCUGACAGUGAGAAGGAAGGUGAAAGAGGGAAGCAGAGCCCAAGUAUCACAGUUUAGAUGAUUCAUGUGGUUGUCAAAAUCAAAUAUCCAAAUCAAACCAAAUAGUACUUCCAUAACAGCAAGCUAUUUGGAAGCAUUGCAGGAAAGAAGCUCAACAUCCAUAAAACAUCUCAUAAAAUGCAGCACCUAAACUUAACCAAGCUCCAUUAGAACUACAACGUGUUGUGCUCAGAUGAGACCAAAUCAAACUUUUUGGUCAAGCACACCAUCAGCAUAUUUGGUGACAAAAAAGUUGCUGCAUAAAAGUACCCGAUACACCACUGUGAUAUAUGGAGGUGGAUCAUUGGUGCUUUGGGGCUGUUUGUGGCUGGUGUUUCAGGGGCUUUUGUGAAGAUGAAUGACAUAUGAAUUCUUUCAAAUAGCAAGAUAUUUCAGCUCAAAACCUGGUUGCAUCUGCCAGGAGGUUAAGACUUGACCAGACUUGGAGCUUGCAACAAGGUGAGCCAAACAAAAUCAAGAAUUGGUUAAAGAAACACAAAAUCAGCUCAGUCUCCAGAUUGAACCCUACUGUGGUCUGUGGUGUGAAUUAAAGAGGGAAGUCCACAUGCACAACCCUGAGAAUAUAAAGGAGCUUAAAAUGUUUUCCAUGGAGAAGCGGACUAAGAUCUCUCUACACGUGUCCAACCUUGUUAGACAUUACUGGAAGAGGGUGCCGAUAAUAUUGAAGCCAGCAUCUUGCAGAAAAAAUACACUACAUUUUGUCUUAAACAAAAAACAUUCAAGUUAAACUAUUCAAUGCCCCUGUAUGUUUGAGCACAAAAUAUCUCUUAUUGCUUGUGCUAUUAUUUUUAUAAAUGAAUGUUUGUUCCUUUUCAAGAAGAGUGCCAGUUAUUUUGGAGGGUACUAUAUUAUAGUUUCAGUAUUUCUUGCUGGAAAUUCACCUCUGUAAAAAAAAAAAAGGUGCUUCUCACUAGGGUAAGACCCUCAAGGGUACCUCUUUGGUCCAUCUCUAAUGUAUGUUUUACAUAGGAAAGUGUACCAAGUGUACCUUUUAAAACUUAAGUCAUAAUCUUUAAAGUGUAAAUAUGUAUGCUAAAUAAAUGUACAAUGUACAAAAUAAAUGUACAGAAGUCAUACCCUUGAGGAUCCCACAUGAGUGACAAGCAGCGGUACAGUUUAGUACCUCUUACUUUCUGAGAAUGUUCAUGUUUGGCCUUGACGGAAUUUGCAACAAUGAAGCACACGUGUAUAAAUUACAGUCUGGUGUGUGUUAAGCAGCACUAUCACUGUUGAACUGAACAUAGGAAUUUGCUAUCCUUUCGAUGACUCUUGAUGCCAAAAAUGUUGUAACUACAGUACGCAUGUGGAGGUUUUAGCCUGUGGGUGAGAUGAAGUGUCUUGCUACAAAUGUGCUACAAAUAACCAAACACUGAAUGCUAAUGUGAGAAAUGAUGUCGCAAUGUUCAAGCUUAUUUGCAAGCUUAUUACCACUGUUGGAAAGGAAGAGUUUUAUUUAUGAAUUCUCUUUUGUACCAGGACGCUCGUUUGUCUCUUCUUGAUAUUUGUCGUGUUCACUUUGCCACUGUGAAAAUGGCUAAGGGGUCAAUCUUUGGUGUUUUGCUGAGACUUCAAUACUUGAAAUUGUGUAUGAACUGCUGAGUCCUAGCUGCCUGCUAGUGUGAGAACGUUCUGUGGGUGUUGACGUGUAGAUAACGUUUUGCUAUUUUGUUGUUUUGCCGUCACUGAUGAAUUUUAGAUUAUAGAUUUCUUUUCUCAUUGAUUUAUUAUUUAGUAAUACAUGUGAACUAUAUGAUGAAAUGUUGACUGGUUGCUUUUGUAUAUUGUUUUAGAAUUCUUUGGCAAAUUAUUAUUAUUAUUAUUAUUGUUAUUAUUAUUAUUUGGACAUUGCAAUGUUAAUAAUCCUAAGGUAUGCAAAACAUUGCUAUUCUACAUUUUCAAAUUAGUUUCUUUCAAUGUUUUUUUUUUUUUUUUCUUUUUUAAUCCCUGGUUCAUAUUCGUAUGCUGCCUGUUUGUGUGUGAAUACUGUUUCUCCUCUUGCACUUGGCUAAACCUAAACGCCUUCUUUUGUGGCAACCACAGCUGAUGCGAUGACUAUCUUAACUGAUAACAAAUAAAUAAAUAUAAUAUUUAAACUUAA